AUGUCUAAUUUCCGUUAUAUUGAUACAACAGCUGCUUCAUUUGUACUCGCCGAUGGUGUCAUUCCUCUUCAAAGCGCCGGUUCAGUAGAACUUUCUAUGCAAUUCGGUUGUCGUUACAAUGCGAAGAAAAAUCAACCAAUCUCUUCCCAUACCUUCACGCAUCCUCAACUACCGCAACGGGUUUUUAAUGAUCCAAAUCGUUUUUAUCGACCAAUACCUUCGAUCAAUCGUGUUUCGCUCAAUACUCUUCCUCGUUUUUCUUCUUCACAAUUUCAACACACUCGAGAUCUAUUAGUGAACCAUUUACUUGAUCAUGAUCACAAAGACCGACUUUCGACUCUUCUUGCUCAAUUUUCUCAACUUUUCGACAAUUCUCGCCACAAUAUUUCCAACAUAGUCGUCGAAAACGUUUUUAAUACUGUUCCGCACUCUCCACCAUCUUUCCGACCUCAUCGAAAUCCUCAUACUCGUGAAGAAACACAACGUCUUAUCGAUGAGUUUCUCGAAGCUGAUCUUAUUCAAGAAUCGAACUCACCGUAUGCAGCACCGGCAUUUAUCGUUCCUCGAAAAGACAAUCGUCCGGGUCGUCUCGUUGUGGAUUAUCGGGCGGUAAAUAAAAUUACUAUUCCAGAUGCUAGUCCUUUACCUCACGCCGAAGAUUUAUUGCACGAACUUGGCAAGGGGUACCAAUAUUUUAGUCGCCUUGAUCUGAAAUCCGGUUAUCACCAGUUUCGUAUACCACCCGUUGAUCGUCCAAAAACAGCCUUCGUCGUUUCUCAAGGUCAUUAUGAAUUUCGUGUACUUUCCAUGGGACCACAAAAUGCACCUGCGGCAUUUCAAAAAAUUAUCACUAUCGCUGCUCCGCUUCAUAAAAUCUCUAAUUUAACCAAAGAUCAACGGCAUCUUUUUAAAUGGACAGUGGAACAAUCGAAUGCUUUCCAUGCUCUCAAGCGUUUACUUACAACUGCUCCACUUCUUCUUCAUUUUCCCGUCGACGGUUUUCCACUUCACUUAGCUACUGAUGCUAGCGGUACUGCCACUGAUGGUGUUUUAUUUCAAGAUGUCAACGAUCAACGUCAUAAUCUCUUUUAUCACUCGAAAGUUCUUUCACCAAUUGAACAAAAAUACUCGGUUCCCGAAAAAGAAGCUUUGGCAAUUUACCAUUGUUUACAACGUAUGAGGACUUUAAUUCUAGGACGCACUGUUUAUAUCCAUACUGAUCAUUGUCCCAUCUGUGGUAUGUUACAAAAACCAGUGAACAAUCGACGCAUUGAACGUGUGGCCAAUUUAAUUCAAGAAUAUCGUAUUGCCGAAAUGAAACAUAUUAAUGGUAAAAGUAAUUGUCUUGCGGAUUAUCUUUCUAGGCCUUCUGAUGAUCCACUUUUUGAUGUUGAUUAUGGUCUCGACAGCAAACUUCCAUGGUCAACCUCAUCAAAUUUAACAAAUCCUUGCCAGCCUUCACAGAACAUCAUUACUACAAUGACACUUCGUCCUCGACAGAAAUUUCGUUCUCCAGGUAUAUCUAUUUUCAAUCAAGACGAUGAAGAUUUUGAUGCGGGAUCUUGUACUUCUGACAAUUCGCGUACCACUCAUUCACCAAUUAUUACAUUAACUCCUUCUCCGAAUGUUUUCGAUUCAAGUCAAUUGUCUCAUGAACAAGCUCAAGAUCCAGAUAUUCGUCGUAUCAUUUCUCAAUUAAAUCACAGCAGCCAUCCUGAUUCCACCUUAUCUUCUUCGUUUAUUCUCAAAAAUGGUAUUCUUAACAAACUUAUUACUCUAACUCCUUCGUCUAGACGCCGAUUAUCCCUACCUUAUCUUCCUUCUUCGAUGAUACGAGGGUGGGUGUGGGUGUGGGUGUGGGG